AGCACCACUACCGAUUCUCAUGUUAAGACCCGAAUCUGUGGCUGGGUCAACCNCCAAUCUCAGCCAUGCACCGAGGCCGCUGGCUUCAAAAUCACGGGCAAUGUCAGCCUCAAACAUAUCACUCUUUGUUUCUAAUCUUCGAUUGUUAAAUCUCGACAAACGACAAGACUGGCCUGGCAUCACGGUUCAGACCUUUGAUACCAAGGAUGCACUCCAAAAUCAAAAGAAGCGUGUAGCUUGUGUCGAAUGGUCUCUCUUUCGUCUCUUUGAGCUUUGGGACCGGGAGACUACACGUGAACCGAUUCAAUCUCUCAAUUUGCGCGCCGCAUUAUUCAGGUGUCUCAAUGACUUGAAGAAGAACGAUGUACUGGGCAGAGAAGCUACACUUCGCAAGACCAUGCUUGACGACUGCAAAGGUGAUAAAUUUGAAGAAGUGUUGCUCUUGUUCUCUACUAUUGUCCUUCGUAAGCAGCUGUUGUCGUCACGUCGUAAUCAGCCAUCAUCCAUUGGAAGGAGCCUUGCCUUGUCAAAGAAUAUCGAUAAGCGUGAGGUUAGUACUAUCAACACUCUCGCGCUGGCUCACCGCGCAUCUCUGGCGAAGACUCUGGAAAGCCGAGCAACACUAGAUCGCACACUCAACAACUUUCGUACUUCGCUGUAUGAGAAGACCAAUGACUAUCAUGAGCGUCAUCUCAUGCUGCUCGAAACUCAGAAUGCAUCGAGCGGGACUCUUUCGUCCAAUACUGAGGAAUUGAUCAGACGCGAACUUCGGCAGAAUUGGGUUGGUAGCAUAGAGGGCUGCGAUGCAUUGUUGGCAGGCGCUAAGGCCGCCUCUGCUGAUGCAUAUAUGGACUCGGGGUUCGAUGAAUUGUGGCAACACUUCCGGCAAGGCACAUCUCCCCAAGUCCCUCCUGAAAGGAUUUCCCUGCUCGAGACUUUGCAAUCUCGUGUUGUUGAGCAAAACGAUCGCUUGCGCAUGUGGAAGGCAUACAAAGACGUUUUCGAAGAGAUCAACAAGGCGGUCAACCCUUUUGAGGAGGUCCGCUCUCCACUUGGCCGGAACAAUACAGCAGAGGCUCAUGGUUUAGACAUUUUCACCAAACACAGAAAUGUUCGUGUGGAACAAACAUCAUCCGUUAUUAUGGACCAUCCCUCGGUCAGUCCUGUGAUGGAUUACGAACGAAUCGUCCAGGACAUGAAGCAAGGUUUGUCCGAAGUACGCAAGAGAAAGCAGAAACAGCAUGGAGGAGCAAAUCAUGCAGCGCCACCAGUCGACAGGAUACGACGUACAAACACCAUACCAAGACAGGCACCUAUACCAGUGUUUCUUGGAAGCUCGAAGGAUCCUAAGGAAGACUUGUUCUCGCCACUCAAGAGACCGUUGCUCGAAUCUACAAACUCAACUCCAGCCACUAUCCACGGACUACCACGUCAAACACACCAGUGGCUAUCGCGGACUCAUAGUCAACCUGCGACCACGCCUCAAUCUGUGAGGGNNAGCGAGUAUGAUUUUGAUCCCGGCUCAAGGAUCAAAAUUCCAUAUGGCCCUGCUCUAAGCCCACGAGAUUUCACAGAGCCUAGCCCUAGUAUUCAAAGGGACAGGGAAAGAUGUAUCAAAGCAUCUACGCCAAAUUCCACGCAUGGACGUGAGGUCAGCCCGAAGAAUGAAGAGACGUCUCAGCAUCGAAUCCAUCUCGAUUCAGCAGAGAACAGACACGAAGACUCGAUUGAUGAUCCAAUCACGUCACUAGGACACAAGAUCGAGGAGAUGAACGUGGAGGAUCGAGAACGAUUAUCCCCACCUCCAGAGCUGUCAAACUUCUCAACACCACUACCGUCAUCAAGUCCAUCAGCAACGAUCUUCAGACAGCAGAGUCCACAGGAACAGCUCAAUCUCUCCGAGCGCGCUCGGAUGUCCAUGGCGUCUUUCCGCAGCAGUGAAAACAGCCAUUCACUACCCCAACCAGCACCCGAUGCUCAACUAUCGAUCGAGAACGAGGAGAUAUCGAUCGCUGAAUCUCGGCGUACCUCUCUCACCGAGCGUGCCCUAUCGUCCAUGACCCAAGCAUCCCUGAAUCCUCAGCCGCAGCGCCGCACAACUACCAAGGAACGUCCCAAAUCAUCCUUCUUCCCUUCUACGGCAGCACAAUUCUCUACACCUAUGAAAAGCGGCAGGAACUCUCUUGGAGGUACACGCGAUACGACACCCAGAGACAAAUUAUUCGAUCAGGAUGCGGAGUACGCCAGCGUCUUCAAGUCUAGACCAAAGAUCGCCAUGAGUCCUGUGCUAUCGCCACAAUUGGACUUACAGAUGGAGGACGCGGAAGACUUUAGUUUCGAGGGAGAUGCAGAUGGUGCUGAAAGCAUGAUGAAGCUGCAUAGUUCACCACUAGGAAAGUUUAUG